UCCCAAGGAGAAACUGCCUCGCGAACAGAUGGUUUCUAGAUCAACGUUCUCGCAACAUUUAGCCGGGGCCGCGAUCGAUAAUGCGUUAAAAUAAACGAGUGCAAUGAAAAUGCGCGACAACGAACGAUUACGCGCGAUUUCACCGCUUUCGCUUGAAAACGUCGCGACGUUUGUUCUUCGAUCCGGACCGAAAGCGAAAUUGCGCCGCGUUCCGUGCGUGCGUUUCGACGUCGGAGUCCAGAAAACUGGAGAACUGGAUUCGGAGCCAAUUGGAUUCAGAGUCAUCGAGAGAAUCCUUUAAAGGGGAGCCUUGAUUGAAACAACGACAUGAAAUAAUACUUUUCUUUAGGGGGAAAAGAAAACCCCGAGGUACCCUUGCUAUAAAAAGACCAAUGGCCCCCAACAAACUGUUGACAUUUCUACGAGGGAUGUCAGAGGUCGAAGAGGAUGUGGAGCAACGUAAAGAAAGAAAUAACGACUAUCGUAAACCCUGAAAAACAUUUUAAUGCAAGCCUGGUACAGAGUAAACGAAACGAGGACCUCACCCUCGGCCUUAUAAACAAAUGAAACGAAGAAGCACCUCCCAACAGUUGUCGAUGAUCAACAGUCUCUCCCCCUCAGGCCAAACUACCCCCACUAUCCAGACCGGUGUCCAGCCUGUAGAUUCGCGCCAGUAGCAAGGUGAGCGUGGAGAAUUCCUGGCUGGCAAGAGAGGAGGAAUGAAAGGCGAACCAGCACCGCCAAGGAGGAGGUAGAUCCCGCUCACCGGCGUACACUUCACCUCCGUCCUCGGCACGGAUCACGCGAGCGAGCCAACGUGUCGGUGAACCUGGUGAACAGUUUCGUAUCGUUGCACUCGUUUUAUUCGAAGGCUCGCCAGUGUGCUCGAUAACCGCGUGUGAACACACCCGAGACAAGAUAGAGCUGAGUGGAUAGACUGCAGAUAGAUAGUGCGUUAGUGGCACUUGGUGCAGUUUGGGGUUCCAGAGCGACAGGAAGUAGCAGCUAAACGGCGCUGGCGUUUCGUGAGCGUUUGCGGGCCACGGGGCAGAAGAAUGCGGUAGGAUGCCCAUCCAGGAAGGAUGUUUCCUACGGGUCGCGGUGCUCUGUCUGUUAGGCGGGGUCGCCUUGCGAUCGACGACGGCCCUCGACGUCGACACACAGACGCAAACGAUAGCGGCCGGUACCGAUAUCACCGAGAUACCAGGCGUUCAACCCCUUCGCGGCGAAGCGUGGAACGAAACCGACCGGAAGUCCGAGUAUCCGACCAAAGAGUUGGAUUUCAAGACUACCGUCGAGCCUAAAAAAAAACCAGUGGACUUCAAGGUGAAAACCGAUCAGAAGUUCCAAAAGCCCUCGUUGAAGGACGAUGACGCAAAACGGAGCAAUACCACGAUGACGACGAUGACUUGGUUGUCGCCAACGAGCACCAGCGAAGACGCUACCGAGGGAACCGUUCAAGGUGUCACGAUUCCUCUUCUGCUUCGUGGCGAGCCGGUCGUAGUCGCAGCAAACGCGUCGAUGCUGAACAAAUUGUCGAUGCCGAUGAACGCGAGCGUCAAGGAUGACCCAUCGUUCAGAGGCAGGGCGUUGAACAUCUCCGCGCCAGAGCCAACCAACUCGUUGCACUCUAAUAUCACCGAUCUCAGCGACGUCAGCAUGGAUGACGAUGACAAAGAAGUCGAAGGAGGAGAGUACGUGGCUCCUCGCAACGAGAGCAACGUAAACAUUUCUUCGACGUUGCUGCCAGCGGUGUCGAUGUGCGUCGAGGAGAACCGUACGUAUUCCGUGGGCGAGAAGAUUAUUAGGGGCUGCGAGGAAAAGUGUGUAUGCGGGGUGGGCGGAGUGGUGAUGGACUGCAAACCUUUAUGUUCUUCGCCAUACGUCAGAGCCAACAGAGGAAUCGAGGAUCCUCUUUGUCAGGAGAAGCUGGUCAACGAGGAACCUUGUUGCGCCAUUUUGGUCUGCGCAGCUGACUCAGCGCCUGAACCAGAGGAGACCUGCCUGUUCGGGAACAAAACGAUUAUGAGAGGCCAACGCGUCGAGGAUGGCUGCUCCAGAGUGUGUAUCUGCGAAGCAGGUGGCAACCUCAAGUGUCAACCUAGAUGUCCACCCAAUGAAACUACCUCAGUAACCAAUCAACACGAUCGUUGUGUCAUCCUCACCGAUCCAAGAGACUCCUGUUGCACGAUCACCCUCUGCGACGUCACCCUAGGAGACCACGAAAUUAGACCAGAGACCUCCGCCGAUCUAGCCGUCAAUCUCACCGACGCAAAGGUUUUGAACUCGACAGCUAUCAAACUAAAGCUGUCGACUAAGAAUCCCCAGGAUGUCACUGUGGAGAUAUCCGACAAGAAUCACGUUUGGAGACAGCAGAAGCCCGACAAAGAGGGAAUCGUAUCGAACCUGGAGCCUGCGCGUACAUACUACGUACGAGUGAUCGAGGGAAGCAGAACCGGACCUGCGUUGCAGGUCUUCCUUCCAGCAGAGGUGAUCAAGACGAACAUCUCUGACAAGAUGGCGGACAAGGGCUCCUGCAGCUACAGAGGGAAGACGUACAAGAUGGGAGCGGAAUGGUACGACGAGUGCAUCUCGUUCUGCGUCUGCAACGACGCUGGCAAGGCUGAAUGUGUCACUAUCGAGUGUCCAACAGACUUUGGACUCGACGUGUUGGACCCUCACUGCUUAGACUGGGAAACUGUCCCGCCAAACUUCGUUCCAAAGCCUCCUCGUUGCUGUCCCCAGGAGGUACGCUGUCGAAAUAAUGGCUCGUGCGUUUACGAAGGCAAUACUUACGAUAAUUGGAGCGAAUUGCCAUCAAACGUGACGGGAUGCGAGAAGAGAUGUUACUGCGAGAUGGGCAACGUCUCGUGCCAGGCUGCCUGUCCACCUGUCCCGGCGUUGCCACCUGCAACCCUGCCUUGUCCUCCUUAUCAAGCCACCCUCGCUCAUCUACCUGGCGAUGACUGUUGCACGGAGUGGAGCUGCAGUCACUCGACCAGCCAGGUGCCAGGAACGAGCGCGACGCCCGCGUUCCCCGGCCCGUUGGCCACAGACACGUUCGAUCGGCGACCGAUUGACGAUACCGAACGACCGACUAACCAUCCUGGAUCCGUCGGACCCAGCCAGGAACCGGAUAGUGCCACUUCCUCGUUGCGGGAAGAUACGAAAGACGUUACCGCGACCACCGACGCAACCCACGGACUCUACCAUUACCCCAUGGACCCUGGACACCCCACGAUCCCUUACAACGGUCCUUACAGUCCCGACUACAAGCCUACGCACCCCAGCGUCGAAGACGUGUUCCAUCUAGGCCCCGAAAAACCUCCCGUCAAAGAGAAACCCAAGUUAAAAUUGGACGCAAAGAAACCAGUCGAGACUCUCGUGAAAGCCUACAAGGACGAUUACUUCCCCGGUCCCUUGGCUCCGGACAAGUUCCUGGAGAAGACCACCUCGACGCCAGAAAAUCGUGUCCCCAGCCCUGUCAGCAAUCUAUCGCCGCAGAAGAUCGCUCACGCGACAGAUCACCCUCAGUUCGUCCCUUUGAACCAUCCUCCAGGAUUCGCGUUCGCUCCUGUCAAUGGCCAGAUCAUAUCUCAGGCUGGUGUAAACCCUGCGGUUGGUCCACCCUAUCGCGGUCCUGUGAUCGAUCAGGACACCUUAGAUCCCAAUGUAAUCGUCCCUACGAGUCCCAAGAAGAAAACAUCCGACGCAUUUCACGGUGAAAAGAGCAAGCCUGCCACUGGGCUUCCUGCUCGACCUAAACAAACCCAACGCGAUCCACAGAAAGAGAUACUUCCUGACGAGCUCUAUCAUCUAAUCAAUCUGCAACACCCUGGCCUGAUCCACUUGGAUCACGGCCCUCCCGAAGGCCAUCCAGGUUUGUACGAUAUCCACCAACAGAUCUCGGGACAGAAACAGUCGGGGAAUAAUCAAAUACAACCGGGUUACUUCGGUGGUCCCACUGCUAACUCUAAGAAGCCCUCGAAGCCUCACGUUUACGCUCAAAAGAACGAAAACGGUCAGACGACGUAUCACGUGCACACGCCAGACAUUCCCAACACGCCCCAGCAGAUCGAGGAGUUGCUAGCUCAUAUCAGUCAGCACGACCCGAACCCUGGACCUUUCCAACACUAUCCUGGACAGCCUGCCAUACUUCAUAACGAGCCCAGUGGCCCGCAGGCCACUCUGCCGCUUCACAUUGACGCUCACAUACCGCACUCAGGACUCGCGCACUUGAACCACCCGCUCGCAGCACAAACGCCCAACCAGUCAGGCUUGGAUCACAAUGUACCACCUGGCUUCCCGUUACCUGGCGCCAUCCCAGGAUUCCCAGUGGCCUCUCCGUCCGACGAGGUCAUCGUGCAGAUCCUGGAAGCCCUCGACGAGAACACCGUCCGUCUCGUCUUCGUGGUGCCUCAAGUCUUGGUGGGACUACACGGACGCGUCGAACUGCGAUACACCAAUGACAAAACGAACUUUGACGUGUCCACCUGGAAGGUAAAAGUGUUCGCCCCUCCAAACGACCUGAUCGCUACCCCUCAAUUGGAAUUCGAGCUGGGAAACCUGAAGCCCUCGACAGAGUACAAGGUGAAGAUCACGGUGAAGCUGAAGGAUCUGGCCAACAGUCCCACCAGCAAGAUCUACAGCGUUCGAACUCUGGAGAAGAGGGCCGAGGUGACCACGUUGCCACCUCAAAUACCCAUCGAUGCGGAGCUCCACGCAACGGAGACCAACUCCAGCUGGAUCAUCGUGAUGUGGAAGAUGUUCACCGAGUACGAGCUGCAAUUCAUCGACGGGGUUCAGUUGAGGUACAAAGAGCAGGAUGAUAAGGCGUAUUCCAUUACGCCGUUGAUCCACAGGGCGGUCAGGGAGUACAUGAUCGAGAACCUCAAGCCUUCGGCCACCUACGAAAUUGGUAUCCAGUUCGUACCGUUACCAGGACAGUUGACGGAGCUGGUUAGUGAUAAAACGAUUCGCGUGACCACGUCGAUGGAGCCAGAUACGUACUCCUUCCCCGUGAACGUGGAAAUCAAGAUGAUCAAGUCGACGGAAGUGGAGGUGGCAUGGAGCGGGGUACCAUACCCAGAAGACAAGUACGUCAACAUUUACAGAGCAAUUUAUCAAAGCGACAGCGGCAAAGAAGACACGAGCACGUUCAAAAUCGCCAAGAGGGACUCCCCUGCGCGAACGGUGAUCGGCGAUCUCAAACCUGGCACCAGAUAUCGUCUGUGGCUCGAGGUAUACUUGACGAACGGCAGGAUAAAGAAAAGCAACGUGCAGGACUUCGUUACCAAGCCAGGGAUCCUUCUACCCGCCACGGUUUCUCAGCAAGCAGGAAAGCUUGCUUCCGUGCCCCUUCACGAAGGCGAUUACUAUGGUCCACUAGUGGUGGUGGCCAUCGUCGCAUCUCUCGCUAUUCUGUCGACGUUGAUCCUCUUGAUGAUGCUGAUGAAAAGGCGGACCAGCAGUAAAGCAGACAUUUCUCCACGUAAAACCACGUCUGCGUACGACAACCCUUCCUACAAGGUAGAAUUACAACAAGAGACUAUGGACCUGUGAAGACGCCGUGACGAUAUCCAAUGGUAGGAACAAGAACACUGAGCACGAAAUGGCUACCAUCAACAGCAACGCCAAGGAAACCGCCUGAGACGUUUUGUAAUUUAUUGAAAUAUAUUUAUUUAUGCGAGACACCGUUAACGCGCGCAGAGUGUCGUCAAUGUUUUUGGUGUACUGAAAGAAAAGGUGAAUGCGGUGAACACUAAGAUGCCAAAAAGUGCUUUAGAUUACUUGGAAUCCUCUCUGCGGAAAUGUCGCAUUGUUUGAAAGUUAAAUAACGUUAGCUUUUUUCCUCUUUCUAACAGUAGAACGUUUCCACUUACAAGAAGGAUUCCAGGUAAAAUUAUACAUAUACGCAUACGUUUUAAUAAUCUAAUGGCAAGAGAUUGUAAUUUCUUCAUCGUGCCGGCGGUUAGAGAGCUCUUGAUUAAUUUUACGUUGUAUUAAAACUUGUAAAUAGCGCUAUAUUAUAGAUUAUGUUUUAUGUAUUUAAUAUCAACGGUUAAAUAUUAAGCAAUUAAUCCCGCUGGGUUUCAAUGACCUAGCUACAUUUUGUACAGUUAGAUUGUUAGAAAUAUAUAAAAUAAAUGAGAUAUAAUAUGUAUAUCUUACUGGGCAUCCCUGCGUCUACAAGAUGGCAACCGGACCGACAAACUGGCUAGCAGUGGUUGCCGUAUAAAAGGGGCACUUUUGCGCCUACGAGAUAGCAACCGAUCCGUCAAGCAAGCUAGUGUAAAUGUAUGAGAAAAUGAAGGGAAAUUAAAGGGAAAUGUACGAGGAAAUGAAGGGAAAUUUAAGGGAAAUAAAUGAAUUAAAUGAAUUAAAUGAACCUUUCUUUAGAAAUUACAGCAAAAAUUCUAUUUGUAUUAUGUCUGGCUGAUACAUAAUAAAUUGAGCAAAUGUGUACAUGGUUAAAAAAGAGGCUACAAUACUAGAGCAGAAAACUUAUUUUAUAUAUCAAAAACGCGUGUGGAAACUGAUUUUAAAUCACACAGUUUUAGUAGAAAUAUAGAUAACUAAACGGUAAAGUAAAUAGGUAAAAAUUUGUUCUUAUAACAGGUAUAAACAUCGAGUAUUAUAGAAAUAUCGCCGACUGUGGUAGACCAUGAGUAUACACAAAUUUAAAAAUAUUUCUUCAACUCUGAUUCCAUUUGAAGUGGGUCCGUGGUCGGCGCGUAUCUAAAGACAAC